AAGUGUAGGUAGUUAUGUCAACUUCGGAUAAACAAAACGAGAUGUGAGGCUUAUUAAAUUUUCACUUCGUUCGCGUGAACUCGUUUGGUUAUUGUUUUUACCAUGAAGUCUACUAAAAAUAUUGGAAUGGGCUCUCUAUGGGGAGAACUACCAGCAAGGGAGACUCUCAAGCAAGAAGUGAUAACUCCAGACAUUAUAGAAAAUGUUUGGAGACAAGUUAUGGAGGAAUCAAUUAGCCCUGACACUGAUCUUCUAAUGGAUAAACAAUCCGAUCAUAUACAUUUUAGAAGUACAUUUAAAGGUGCUUCUACCGUACAUUACCUGACAACAGAAACUGCACGUUGCAUAUUGAGACGUACGGUUAUUAUUCUUUUAGCUCAUAUCGGAUUUGAAAAAUCUUCGGAUAUAGCUAUAGAAACACUUACGGACAUCGCGGACCAUUUUCUAAGGAGGAUAGCGUUGCUAAUGAAAGGAGCGUAUGAACAAAAGAAUCACGGUUUUCCAGACAUAGUAGAAAGGGUGCUGCUGGAAACUGGCGUGGGCGGUAUAGCCACUCUGCAUGACUACUAUCAAGAAUACGUAUUAAAAUUUGAGGAGAACAUGAAGCGGAAGGUUGAAACGAUGAUGGAAAAACAGAGGAUGGUUUUAGAUGAAGCGGCUAACAAAUUGCAAUUUGAGGAACUCGAUGAAUUUGGUAAUGUCUAUCAAGAAGUGCCGACGCUUCAACUGUUAGAUCCUGAAAUGGGCUUCCCACCAAGUCUCGAUGCUGGCUUUCAAAUGCUCUAUAGUCUCGAGCAAGAUGAAUUGAACAAUUUGGAAGUAGAGGAGGAAGAAGUUAAUGUGAGUGAUUCACCUAGUACUGGGCAACGACUUGAUACAUCAAGUGAUAAGAAGAAAUCUUGAUACAUUUGAUAAUCGUUCUAGAUUU